AUGGACGACCACCGAAACUCAACACCAAAAAACGCCAUUGGCCUCUGCCUCCUCCCACAGGAACUCAUCCAAAACAUCUUCCUCUCCCUCGUACUCCCCGAAAUCAUUCGUUUAAAACUCGUCAACAAGUCCUUCUCGCGAAUAAUCUCCGACCACGCCUUCGUUCGCCAGUGCAACAAUUUCUCCACCUCCACUACGUGGCUCUUCGUCUACAAAAAACGCUGGCUCCGCGACGCCGUGCUCCACGCCUUCACCGACCGGAGCUCCGACCGAUGGUUCCGCAUCCCCAUAUCAGAGCUUCUCAAACCGAUCCACUUUCACGGCGAGGACCUCUACUUCCUCGCCGCCUCCAACAACGUCUUCCUCUUCGCCUCCAACACCGUCCUCGAAGUCGUCGCCGUUAACCUAAUCACCGUCACCGUUAAGAAGAUCCCCCCUUCCCCGUUGGGUCCACGUGGCACCUCCUCGUGGAGACGCUCCGGGAUGAAGCUCGUCACCGACUCCUCCGGUUCGGGCCAGUUUCGUUUCAUGUUCGCUGAGUUCGUUGACAACCGCCCCGUCUUGUUCGCGUACGAGUCCGAAACCGACACGUGGAAGUCAACGGAGGCAGAGGAAGAUAAUAACAAAGAGUUUUCAUUUUCGUUUUCGCCACGUGGCGCGAGUCACGUGUUUCUCAACGUUGUUCACGGGCCUAUGGAGAGCGUUCUGGUCGCGGCGACGCCAGAGUGCGACAAGCCCGUAGUUCUACGGCCCAGAUUCAACGUGACUGAGGCUAAUGAUGAUCUGACGGUUGGAUUUAGUUGGGGGAACGUGAUGGACAUGUUACACGUGUACGGCGAUGGGUACAUGAUGAUUGUGAAAUCGGAGGGUGGGAACACGAGGAACGUGAGGGUGUUGAAGGGAGUGGAGCUUUGGGGUUUGAGUUUGAACGGGAGAAAGUGGGAGUUUGUGUCUGCGGUUCCUGGUGUGAUUGAGAAGCCUUACGCGGCAAUGAUGGGUUGCUUAGAGGAGAAAAACGGUGUCGUUAGGGCUGCGUUGGUUUCUAAUUGUGAGGGAGUUUGGGACAUGACGUGGCUCUCUUUUGAUACCAGGUGGAACCGGUGGACGUUUAUGCCCCUCCCUGAUUGCAAAAUGAAGGGUUGGAACAUGGCUGGUAUAAGCUUCUCCUCUGGACUUACCUUGCCAUGA